AUGACGCCGCCCGCGACGACAGGACGCCCAGCGCAUGCCUUAUGCCUCACAAAACACCGAUCCUACACUUCGCCGCAUAUGAUGCUCCCGUGUUCCAAGAUCAGAACGUACAGGAAUGAUCAUGCUUUAAGCGCGGUGGCUCAUAACAAGCCAGUCGCAGCACAUCUGAUUUGCAAGACGCAAAGCAUUAAUAAAGGUCUCGAGCCAUUUUCAUGGGAACGCCUGGCCAAUUUUGACGUCUUCCUUGGAGGAUCAUGCAAUCCUACAACUUGGAGACACGACAUUGCCAUUCCUAUGCUAGACGCGGCACGUGUUAAUUAUUUUAAUCCUCAAGUCGACGAGUGGUAUGAGGAGCUCAUUCAUAUCGAAGCGAAGGCCAAAGAGAUGGCGCAAAUCGUGCUAAUGGUCAUUGACGGUCUCACAAGAUCCAUCGUUUGUAUCAAUGAAGCCGUCGAGUAUAUUUGUCGAGGCAGAAAAGUGAUACUCGUGGUCGAAGAUAUUAAAGAUGACACAGAGAUUGCUGGAACUUUCUUGUCAAAGACAGAGUUGGCAGAUCUUAACGGUGCACGUCAAUUUUUGCGUGACCUGGCAUCUAAAAGAGGUGUCAGUUUGUUUUUGGACGUGGCAACAGCAAUUCAAGGAUGCAUCAAGUGGCUCUCUCGGACUGAUAUGCUAAUGUCUCGAUCAGAAAUGUCACGUCUUCGAAAGCGCUCAUCAAUUGUAUUAAAUGAUUGUUGUGGAAGGCAUCGAUCAUAUCGUGGGGCGUUGCGUUCACUCUCUCCAAUGUUGUUGAAAUCUUAUAACUUGGAUAGCAGUACGAGCAGCACAGACGGAAGUGAAAAUAGCGAUUUGUUUGGAGAAUCGUCUUCAACGCGUUCAAUUACGGCUCAACUUGGCUGUAGUGAUCUCACGGAUAGUUUUGUUUAUUUAGGAGGUACCUUGUCUUCAACGUCUUGGAGAAAAGAGGUCGCAAUCCCGUUGCAGCAAAAGGCUGGCAUCUCGUUGUAUGUGCCAUAUGCAGAUUAUUCACAAUUUGGAUUGACGACUGCCGAGAUGCACGUGCAAGCGAUGACUGAGCACCUACAAGAGGUUGAAUCAUUAAAGGCCAUGGCGGAGCUCAUUCUGUUUGUGAUACCGAAAAAAUUGCGCUCAAUUGCUGCUAUGACAGAGGCUGUUGAGCUUGUUUCUAGCCAUCAUGCUAUGAUACUCGUAAUUGAGCCUGUUAAGGAAGGCUGCAUGGUUGAAGAAGGAGUGACGAUUUCAGGCCGAGAAUUUCAAGAUCUCGCACGAGCACGCGCGUAUCUACAGGAAACGGCCGAACGCAAUCACAUUGCAGUAUUUGAAUCGGUCUCAGCAGCAGUUGAAAAUAUUGUCGAGACUUUAGUAUAG